AUGGCUCGUGUCUUCGUCUACGGCACGCUUAAGAAGGGCCAGCCCAACUACAAGCACAUGAUCAACACAGCCAAGGGGCUAGCGAAAUUCCAAGGAUGGGGCCGCACGGUGGAGAAGUACCCGCUGGUGAUUGCAGGCAAAUACAACAUUCCUUACAUGCUGAACAUCCCGGGAACAGGACACCACGUUGCUGGGGAGAUUUACUCGGUUGACGACCAGAUGCUGCAGUUCCUGGAUGAGUUCGAAGGCUGCCCAGACAUGUACCAGCGUACCCUGAUGAGAAUCGAGGUGGUGGAGUGGGAAGGGAAGGGUGGUGUGGGCGAGGCGCGGGCAGCUGCCGAGGGUGUCGUAGAGUGCUUUGUGUACAGCACAACGACAUACCCGCCCGAGUGGGUCGGCCUCCCCUACCAUGACAGUUACGACUCCUCAGGGAAACACGGCCUCUCCUAUGUCCUACGCGAAAGCCGGGAUUAG